UGAAUGUUACACUUAAAAAUAAAAACUUAAUGUUGCGUACUAUCAUAAUCCUAUUCACUUCAUUAUGCCUACAAUCAUGAUUCUUGGUUCCAUCACCCGCAUGCUCUUUUCGUAACAUUCUCAAUACAAUUUCACUCUCAUUCUUAUUCACAUACACCUAUAAAUCUCAUUGACCCUCCAAUCUUUUCUCUCACUUCAAACAUCUCUAUCUCCAUUUCUCACCUUCUCUAACUAGCUUUUGAGUUCAAAACAAAACUCCUCUGUUUCCCUCUGUUUUUUCUCUGUUACAUUCAAAACACUAACCCAAAUGGCUGUAUCUGGGUUUGAAGGAUUUGAGAAACGUUUGGAACUUAAUUUCUUUGGAGAUGAUCCAAUUAUCUUCCAACUGGGUCUAAGGAAAAUUGAUUUUGAAUCAAUACAACAAGUGUUGGAAGCUGUUCAAUGUACCGUGGUUUCAGCCGUUGGUAACUCUUACUUUGAUGCAUAUGUUUUAUCAGAAUCAAGCCUCUUUGUUUAUCCAACUAAGAUCAUAAUCAAAACAUGUGGAACUACUCAACUUCUCAAAUCCAUUCUUCCUUUAAUCCAUUAUGCAAACCAUUUAGGUCUCACUUUAUGCUCUUGUCGUUACACAAGAGGAAGCUUCAUCUUCCCAAACUCACAACCUUUCCCUCACACAAGCUUCAAUCAUGAAGUAACCUUCUUACAAGACACUAUCCCUUCAAAUCUUUGCCAUAGAAAAGCUUCCAUCAUGCCCUCAAAAUCAUCUUCACACUCUUGGCAUGUUUUCACCGCACACUCUUCAAUAACUCAUCACAAUCAUAGUGAUAGUGAUAGCGAUGUCUUCACUAUGGAGAUAUGCAUGACAGAGCUAGACCUUAUCCUAGCUCGAAAAUUCUUCCGCCGACCCGGAGAUGGAAAAACCGGCGACUCUGCCGGAAAAGAGAUGACGGAGCUAACCGGAAUCAAUGAGAUAAACCCAAAUGCAUUGAUUUGUGAUUUUGCGUUUGAUCCUUGUGGCUACUCUAUGAAUGGAAUGGAUAACGAUUGGUAUUCCACCAUUCAUGUAACACCGGAAGAUGGUUUCAGCUACGCUAGCUUUGAAUGCGUUGGUUCUGUUAACGACAACAUAGUACACGUGUUGAGGAAAGUUGUUCAGAUUUUCCGACCAGGUACGAUGUCGAUAUCAACUACAUGCAGUGGCUAUAACAACGAGAUGUUGAAGAAGAUGGUAAAUGCUGUUGAGCCUCUUGGAUUGAAAUGUAGAAGUCGUGCGGUGGAUCAGUUUCCGGCGGGGGAGACGGUUGUUUUUCAAACAUUCAUGGCUCGCCGGAGAAGUGUUUAACGCCGGCGAGUGGCGGUUAAUGGUGGCGCGGUGGAGGGGGGAAAUUUAAUUAAAAAAUUUAAAAUAGGGAAUUGGUGUUAGAGUUAGUUGAAAAAAAUGUAGGGUGGGUGACGUGGCGUAAUGUGAUUGGUUUGAUUGUGGUGGUAAAUGUUGGGAUGGAUAAUGAUAGUGCACCCCACUUAGGUUUGUCACGCAUAAGAAUUUUUUUUGAAGAUGUUUAGUGGGUGUAAAAGUGCUCUUGUUUGAGAUAUUGGACUUUUUUUUUAUGUUA